CACAACCCAAUGGCUGGAAUUCUUCACAUACGCUCGGAAGAAGAAAUGCCUUCUUCUGUCACAAUCAAAAUCGAGGCACCUUCCACUAUUGAUAAUAAUUCAGUGAAAGCAGAAGUUGUGUGUGCAACUGCAGCAGAGAAUGGAUUUUUCGAUUAUAUGAUAAACUCGACUUGUGGAUAUGUGGACAGCAUAGAGAAGGCGAAUGAAACCGUAAAAAGAUAUCAGGAACAAACUUCAUCAAAAUUUAUUUGCUACAAAGUACAGAGGAGCUUUGGACGAAAUGAGUGGUGUUUAGACAACCAUAAGAUCCUGUGGCAUCAAGAAGAACAAAAAGUGAAAUUGGAAAAUAAUUUCCUUGGCAGUGAUGGUAUCCCAUAUGUUCUUAUUGGAAGCAAAAUACUUGAAUGUCAGUUUGGCAUUGAUAGAAAUUUGUACCAAAAGAAGAGGCAUCAAGAAAGAAGAAAGAUAGAAUUAUUGAAAAUAAAAGACCGUCGUCACCCUGUUUCUAAGAAGGUCAAUUGUCCUGCCAAGAUUAUAUUGAAAGAUGUUGUAAAAUUCCCAUCUUUUAAGGCUGAGAAAAAUACAGCCCAUGCAAAGAAACUGAAGGCUCUUCUUCUUCGUCUUGCACUCAAGGAAAGUCGUGCUGAGGGAGAACGCAGAAUAUACAUACAGCUUCCUGAAGAAACAGAUCACUGCAACCAUGAAAGAGGAAUUGUCAAUAAAAGGCCAAGGAAACCGCGGGAGUUACAAAAUACUAAAGUGGAAAUUCUGCCUACCUUGGAUGCGGAGCUAAAUGAGACAGACUUUCUCCACACAUUCAGAGUUACAAGACCUGUGUAUCAGUUUUUAGUUGACGAGUGGCAGAAAGAAACAAAACAAAAUUUGAUGGAGGAUGAAGUGUCCCUUGAGAAUUUAGAGUUUUACAACCAGCAUGUAUUAGCAGUAUUGUAUUACUUAGGAUCUACUGAGAGCCUAGCUUCAGUUUGUUCAAGGUUCAGAUUUAAAUCUGCAGCCUUUAUUGACAUUGCUGUUAAGUUUGCUGACUUCUUACUGAAUCAGAUGGAGAAGUACUUGAGUUUACCAAGCUUAGAAGAAAGAAUCAGAAUAGCAGAAGUGAUCAAGCACAAUUGUGGGUUUCCUGGUGCCUUUGGAGCAAUGGAUGCUGCACUGAUUCACAUGAAAAUACCCACAGGAGCUGACAAACAAGAGUAUACUUAUGUAAAAGAGGGAAUAAGCUGCAAAUGUGCCUUUGUCUUACAGUUUAUUGUUGAUCAUAGACUGCUCUUCCGUGAUAUCCAUGUGGAUUCACCUGCCACAGGAACCAGAGUUCAAGUGUUUCAGGAAUCACAAGCUUGGGCACACCUCCAAAGUCUUUCAAGUGCAGAGACCCACUUAGUUGCCCCAGCCACGUACCCUUUGGCUCCUGCUAUCAUGACGCCACAUGUGAAAGAUGUCCUUUCUUACCAGGAAGCCCUGUUUAAUGAGAAUCACCAUGAAGCCAGCAAAUUAACUACAAAUGCCAUGACAGUCUUCAAAUCCAGAUUCAAGAGAAUGCAGCAAAUGGACAGACAUGUUGCAACCAAUAUGAAAUUAUUGAAGGCUACUUGCAUUUUGCACAACAUAGCACUAAUGCAUGAGAAUGAAAUGGUAUUAGAGAACAUGCAGAUGGAAUACAACAGUGAGAUGGACGAAGAGGGUUGGCAUAAUGUUGGCAUGGAGGAAUUUGUGGCAGAGUUUGGCAUCCUUGGAGGGGAAGAAAAGAGGCACUAUCUUACAACAGUCAUGACAGCAAGACCCGACACCAUGUUAUCCUAUGUGCAGUUAUCACCAUCGCAUAUUGGUGAUAAUUUGGUUAUAUCCUGAAAAUAAAUUUACCUUACCUACAGCAAUAAUACCAAAAGAGUCUUAUAUCUUUCUAUACUUUCCUGCAAAUACAAAAUACAAAACAUUAAUUUGUUGAUUUCUUUUACUUGUAGUUUCUUUUAAAUCCUUCCAUAUCUUCAUAAUUCAUUGCUCACUUGUCAUGAAAAUGAUAUCCAAUCAGCUCCUUCCAUAUAUUUUAUUUCUGCUACAUUAUAUACACUGUAAUGUUCAUAGUAUGAACCUUUCAGAUUUCUUUAAUAAAAGAUAUCUGAUAAAAAAAAAUCUUUUAAGCUUAUUAUAAUUAGGUAGGUUAAGAGGCCAUAUUUCAAUAUACAAAAUAUGUGGCAAUUUUCAUAUACAUUUUUUCCCCUUUAAGAAGUGUUCAUGGGUUACUACAACCAUCAUGAAAGUAAGCUAACACAAACACCAGUAAUGAAAUAGUAUAUCAACAAAUUCAAGAGAGAAAUGUCCCUUACUUUUUGUUAUUUCUAUAAUGUAUCUGAUUAUCACCUUAUUACCAUAUCCUAAAAAAAUAUUAAGAAAAUAAUAAUAAAUGAAUAUCAAUGGAACCACUUUAUUUCCUACAAGGAGUUGAGUGUCAGUAACAAUACACACAGCAUAAAUUCUAGUACUUGCAAGAAUCAGUGUUCUCCCUCUUAAACUUUCAGAAUCAAAUUUCCAGCUUUGUGUUCAGAGGACAAAGACAAAUGUAAACAACUAUUUAAUGAGGCACAUGAAAAGUGUAUCUUGUUGGGAGGAACAUAGAAAAGAAAAAAAAAA